AACUAACGACUCUUUCACACUUCACACUCUUCUUCGCUGACCUCCAUUCCCCAACUCCAAACUCGCUUUCUCUGUCAUUCACACAACUCAGGCUCCCUUCUCUUUUUCGCUCUGUGGAAAAUGGAGGAAGAAACUAAGUGCGUGCAGAUCGACGGCGAGGAAGGCGGGGACGAGUUCUACGAGAAGAUCGAAGCGCCCAAGUUCGUCGACUUCACCGGACCCGACCCGUACCGACCCGACGACCGCUACUGGUUCUGCAUGCGAGUUGGGUGUGAUCAGAAGCAUGAAGAAGAAUUAGACUCUGAAGCAGUCUACAAAAACUUUGUUCUUCGGGUCAUGGCAGCAAGAAGUCCUAAUGUAAGACACAGAAAAACACCAAGUUUGAAAUGCCCACUUACUGCUCCUGCAAAAUCUUCCAAGCCUAGAGUAUCAAGGUUGGCCCUGAUUUCUUCGUUCUCUCGUAAGAUGGUUGAUGUCAAAGAUAAAGCCAGACCUCUUCAAAAGAUCAGUGCAACCCCAAAUGUUAAGGCAAAGCAACCAUCUUCUGUGGCCAAAGCUCUCACUAGUCCAAGGAAUAGAAAACCCAUCUCAAAUCCAGACACAUUUCGAAGUGUUAGGAACCCCAAACUGAAAAAUGUUGCAGUGCCAAAAAAUAGGGUGGUGGCUAAAGCUCUGGUAUUUCACUCUCCAAAGAAGGCUGUAAGAACCAAAGUUUCGAAGGAAUGGGGUAGUCCUGUGGGAAAAAUGUGUUCAGCCAUGAAGAAACUUGAGAUCACCAGUGGAAAGAAACAUGUAUUGGGGUAUAACAAGCCAUUGCCUUUAGAUACUUCAAGAAAACAAUUCAGAGGGCGGGAAGUUAAAAGCCGGGUUUUUGAUUCAUUGCAUUCCAACAAUUGCAAGGGCCAGGAAGCCAAAUCCAUGAAGAGAAAGAACAAGGAAACAGACUUGAAACAGUGUUGUGAUACUGUGCCUCAUGAAGGGAUUAAUGACAACGAUUCCGCCGACAUGGAGGUUGAUGAAAAAUCAAGAAAUGGUACUCUUGAAGGGUUCUCCUUGUCAGGUACUGCUAAGAGUAGUGGAGUAAAUGGUGACGAACAGUGUAUGGGAACUGGAAAAACCUCAGAACCUCCACUAGGUGAGAAUCAAGUUGAAGUCCUAUCAGAGACCUCCAAAGGUGACCCUACCUCCUUGUCAAGUUCCAAACACGGGGAUUCAGAAGAGAAUGAUGAUAAGGAGAAUGCCAAAGAUGGAAAUGGUCAUGUGGAGAAAAUAAAGUCAAGUUCAGAGAAGGCGAACACCGUUGAAAACAUGGACAAAGAUGAUGAUAAAGAAAAUUCUUUGGCCUCUGACAACCCAGAAAAUGAAAAUGAGGUAUUUGAGAGUGAUGAUAAAGAAAAUAAUAAAGCUUCUGAUGAGAACAGUGAUUACAGAGACCUGAUUACUAAUGGUCACUCCAAGAGGAAAAAUCUGGGCAAGCAUGGUCCUUAUAAAAACUCACAAAAGGUCAAUCAAGCUCAAGAGAUGAAGAAAGAGAGCUCUACAUCUGCUGCCACCAAUGCUCAAGGGAUGAAGAAUAGGAAACCAAAGUCUACAAACCCUAAACCUUUUAGGUUUAGAACUGAUGAAAGAGGGAUGCUUAAGGAAGCAACUUCGGAGAAAAAAAAAGUGAUACAGAUGACUAAAAACUGCCUUGGACAAAGUGACAAUGAGAAUGAUACCCAAGGAGGCAGUGAAAAGAGAUUCGACAGAAGAACACGACUAGAUGAAAAUGGAAAGAAGGGAGCUAAGAAGACUUCAAAAAGAAACUUCGAAAGAAAUUUGUCUUUAAUAACUCCGCAAAAUGAACCUGGCCUGGACAGAAUACAAAAACCAGAUAAGGAAAGGACUAAAUCACCAAUGGUGCAGAAAAAAAUUGUGAGACUGAGAGGGGUAGAUUCAACUGGGAGGAAGGCAUUGGUUUCCCCCAAGACACCUUGUCAACUCAGUGUAAUAAAGGAAACCUCGUGGACAAAUAUAAGACCCAAGAAAGCAGCAAACCCCUGCAGUGCUUCUCCAGCAACCAAUACCCCUUCCAGGUCAUUGUCAAGGGGAAGAAGGCCUGCAACCAUCCCAAAAGAGCCACAUUUUCACAGUAUUCACGUACCGAAGAACUGCAUGGGGCUGCACAAGGAAAAUGAGUUAAUGGAUGCCCAACAAAACUAACUUAUUUUCUUCUGUUGUAUGAUAUAUUCUUGUUUGUUCAAUAACAUCAUUGAAUUGUAUUUGCUUGCUUAUAUGUAUUCUGGUUGUUAGGCUUGUGGGGGCGUACUGAAACAUGAGAGGAUUGAAUUGUAUUUAUUCAUUUAAAGGGCAGAGGCAAUAUAUACUUGCCCUUUAAACAAACAUGAGAGAGGAUUGAAUUGUAUUUAUUCAUUUAAAGGACAGAGGCAAUACACCUGGUCCUUAAUUUUCUAAUUGUUUACCUUUUAGGUACUGAGACU